UUUCUAGUAUUUUCUUUUCCACCAUUUUCCCGGAAAAAUAUUCGAAGCUAUAAAUCCCCAAACCUUGCUUGUCCUACUCUCAUUUCCCCAAGAUUUUUCAGCUUUCUCUUCACUCUGCAGCAUCUUUUCUCUGUUCUUAAUAAUCCCAUUUCCAUUUCCAUAACACCCACUUUGCCAAAUCUGUUGUAAUAUAUUUGGAACUUUUGAGCUUCGUGGAGAAGUUUCAUUGAGAUUGGGUGGUCUUUUUGAGUUCCAGAAUCUUGGUGUUAGGUUGAAACUCCGCUACUUAAUGUGUGCACACUGUGCAGUAUGUACAAUCUUAUAAACAUCAUUUGAGAAGUAUCUAGUCCACCAAAAAAGAAAAAGAAGGAUGUGGUUAUCCUGCAUUUUGAUAAUAUGAAGACGACACAGGGCACCAAAGAAUUAGCUCAAACUUCUCGUGAUUCAACAAAUGAUAAAGCAAAUGAGAAAACAAAUGAAAAAGUAAAUACAACUGAGGCACCUAUUACAGAUUCAAGUUCUGUAUCGGCAACAAGCAAUGACAGCAAGAGAGUCUCACCUCAAGAUAUUGAAUUUGUUCAGAAUCUAAUUGAGCGAUGCUUGCAAUUAUACAUGAAUAGAGAUGAGGUGGUUAAAACACUCCUGACUCGUGCAAGAAUAGAUCCUGGAUUUACAACUCUGGUAUGGCAGAAAUUGGAAGAGGAAAAUGCCGAUUUUUUCCGUGCGUAUUAUAUAAGGUUGAAAUUGAAAAAACAAAUCCUCUUAUUCAACCAUUUGCUUGAGCAUCAAUAUCACCUCAUGAAGUAUCCUAUGCCUCCCAAGGUUCCAUUGGCACCUAUUCAGAACGGGAUUCACCCUAUGCCUGUUAAUAACAAUAACUUACCUAUUGGGUACCCGGUCCAUCCUCAAUCUAUCGCUCCAGUCCCAGGUCAACCCCAUAUUGAUACUUUGGGCAAUGGAAUAUCAAGUUGUCAUAUAGUCAAUGGAGUCCCUGCACCAAGUAACUAUCAUCCUAUUCGGAUGAAUUCUGGGAACGAAGCAUUGUCACCCAUGUCAGAGAUUCCUAUGAGUCCUACAUCUGUGGCAUCCAGUGGUCAUUUCCCAUUCUCAGCAACAGAGAUCUCCGGAAUUGGAGCUGAGACUUCAACUCUUGAAACUGCCUUCACAUCAGAUGUUGCGAAUUCUGUGGGUUUGCAGCUUCCUACGGAUGGUACUGAUGGAAAUUCUCGGGAUUCUUUCAGAUCACUGGAUCAAAUUCAGUGGAAUUUCAGUCUGUCAGAUCUUACAGCAGAUUUGUCGAAUUUGGGAGAUCUAGGAGCUUUAGGAAAUUAUCCUGGUUCUCCCUUUCUGCCUUCUGAUUCAGAUAUUUUGCUUGAUUCUCCAGAGAAUGAGGAUUUAGUUGAGGAGUUUUUCGUCGAUUCUGUGCCUGGGCCACCAUGCUCGCAAUCAGACGAGGAGAAAACUUAGAUGCAAGGUUAGGCAGUUGGUGUUUCCUUUCACGUUGAUUAGUUUGGAUAAGAUGAAAUCAAGUCAAUAACUAAUAAGCCUUUGCUAGAAAUUUUGUGGGGACUGUUACCUUCAGAUUGGAACCAUCUUGAAAUCGAUAGCGGUUAGCUUGUAUGCUUUGUAUGAUUACUGAGUAGAAAAGUAGACAUGGCAGUGGAGGAAUUUCUCUGCAUUGUUCUUUUACAAAGCACUUUAGCAGUUUGAAAGUUGAGGCUAUGAUUUGUUUUCAUGUGUUUUUUGUUGGCAGCCUUUUUGGAUUUCUGUUCAAAAUCUCUGGUCUUUUUUGAAGUUCCUUAGUCUGCAGAAAUAGACUCAAACGAUGUCUGCUAAUGUAUAAUCAAUUGGUAUAAUAUGGACUUCCAGGUGGAUAAGGAUCGAUUUCCUU